AUGCGUUCGAAGCUUCUUCCACCAGGAGUACCACGAAAGAUGCUUGAAGUAAUGGUAAAACACAUGGACAUUGACAUAUCUUCUGAAGGUGUUUGUGUUACUGUUGACUUGCAGCAGGUGAUUGGCAUUACAAUAAUGCAUCAAUUUUGGGUGUGCACCUCAUGGCAUGUGCAGACCUUCUCUCUUGUCCAACUCGUCGGUGCAACAUGCAAGUACGAAGAAUCAGCACAGGUCACUGACGGAAUCAUGGAUAAACUAUGGAUCGUGUGUUGGACGCCAGAUAGCGAGUCAGUCUCGAUCAAGUUCACCUUUAUGUCUAGUCAUAUAGAACCGAAAUUCGUUGACUGUCAAGCGCAUAUGCCCACCUCUGCUCAACUCGGCAUCUAG